ACCCACCCACGCAGCGGGCCAUUCAUUCCUGCUCCGCGCGUGGCCAAACCCAACCAACCCUCUUCGUCCCCGUUUCGCAUCGGAGCGGAGAGAAGCGUCCGGCAGCCAUGGUGAAGUGCUACCCGGCGGUGAGCGACGAGUACCAGAAGGCCGUCGAGAAGGCCAAGCGCAAGCUCCGCGGCCUCAUCGCCGAGAAGAACUGCGCCCCGCUCAUGCUCCGCAUCGCCUGGCACUCGGCGGGCACCUUCGAUGUCGCCACCAAGACCGGCGGCCCCUUCGGCACCAUGAAGAACCCCGCCGAGCGGGCGCACGGAGCCAACGCCGGCAUCGACAUCGCCGUCAGGCUGCUCGAGCCCAUCAAGGAGCAGUUCCCCAUCCUCUCCUACGCAGACUUCUACCAGCUUGCCGGAGUCGUCGCCGUUGAGGUCACCGGUGGGCCUGAGGUCCCCUUCCACCCAGGGAGGCAGGACAAGCCCGAGCCUCCACCGGAAGGCCGCCUUCCUGAUGCCACCCAAGGUUCUGACCACCUCAGGCAGGUGUUCACCACGCAGAUGGGUUUGAGUGACCAGGACAUUGUUGCGCUUUCUGGUGGUCACACCCUGGGAAGAUGCCACAAGGAAAGGUCUGGCUUCGAAGGAGCCUGGACUUCCAACCCUCUGAUCUUUGACAACUCUUACUUCAAGGAGCUUCUGAGCGGUGAGAAGGAAGGGCUUCUGCAGCUGCCGAGUGACAAAGCCCUUCUGUCUGACCCAUCCUUCCGCCCACUUGUUGACAAAUAUGCUGCGGAUGAGGAUGCUUUCUUUGCUGACUACGCGGAGGCCCACCUGAAGCUCUCUGAAUUGGGAUUUGCUGAGGCGUAAGGUGCUUCUAGAGCGAGGCGAGCCGACUUGUUGUCUUUGUGGGUGGUGGGGGUUCAAAAGACAAAGACCACUGCGAACAAUAAGAGUGUGGCCGGCGGCUGCAAUAAGCAUUUGUGGGUCUGAUGUGAGGCCAUCUAUUGCAUUGUGUACUGUGUUCCGUUGGAUUUCCUUUCCUUUCCUUUCCGCUUCAUGAUGAUGAUGAUGCCUUGAUGUGAAGGGCGUAUUGUAAAACUGUGUGACCAUUGGUUCCCUCCUUGGUCUUUUACUAUUUAUCUCCGAGGACUGCUUCUUGUAUGGUUUGUUUAUUUUUGCAUUGCUAGUCUUGGUUUGUGAUCAA